AUGGCCACGAUAAGUGGCGACCGAUCACCACCCGCGUCCCUCUCACAGCCGCAAUCACAAUCCCAAUCGCCAAACCCAGACGCAGGCGCAAAUACAGACACAAAUAUAACCGGAGAACUUCAACAGAUCCCCCAAACACGCCUCUCCAUAAAAACCUACCACUGCACAUUCUGCAACCACCUCCUCCUCGCCUCCACGCGCGAUCUCCACCUCUUACCCCGCCGGCGCGAACCGGCGCGUGAUCGGGCGCUAAUAUUACCGCUUCCGAAAGCUGGAGCGGGCGAGGAAGAGGAAGAGGGGGAAGAAGAGGGGGAAUCCGAAGUUGAAAAUGGGGCUGAGGAUGCGGGGGAAGCUGCUGGUGACACAGUACAACGAGGCACUGAUGAGCCAACGACGAAAAGUCGAGGGAAGAAGAAAACAAAACUGGAAUCAGCACAGCAGGAACAACAACAGCAGCAGCAGCAGCACUAUACCAUUCUCCUCUCCACAACGAUACCAGACCGCAAACCAACCAUGAUCCGGCGUGAAGAUGGGUUUGAGAAGCGGCUACUGCUGCGGUGUGGGCGGUGUCGGGUUGUCAUGGGGUAUGCUCUUGACGAAAUCCAUUUUGCGGCUGCGGCUGCGGCUGCGGCUGCGGGGGAGGGUGGUGGUGGAGAUGGAGAUGGGAAAACGGCAAAAGAAAAGGAGGAUGUGGAUGGGGAGGGGGAUGGUGAAGAUAAUAAGGAGGAUAGGGGGAGGGAGAGGAGGAGGAGGAAGGCGGAGGAAGUUGUUUAUAUACUGCCCGGUGCGCUGGUGGAGACGGGGGAGAUGGGGAAGGUUGAGAUGGAGGAGUGGGCGGGGUGGGAGAAAGGGAGGAAGUAA